GAGCGACUUCCCAAUCGAUUUACAAAAGUGCCUCUAAUCAAGCAUCCAGUGCGACUGCUGUAGUGUGCUACAGAUCCUCUGUUAUGGAGAUGUAAUCAUGGUGCCUUGGAGAAGAGAUCACUCCACAUAGUUUUUCGAACAAUGCCGUUGAAGAUAUGAGGGUAGGCUGAUGGUGAUUUAGCCGUGGCUAGCAUGCCGCACCAGUACGGCGGCGGCGCGGGCGGUGCGUCGCCGCCAGCGCCGGUGGGCGCGUACCCUCGCUACGCCAGCGCAGCUGGUCCUGGCGCUGGCGCCUAUCGUCCCGAAGAACGACGUCUCACCCGUGAGGCCAUGGAGAGAUAUUUACGUGAUCGCUCUGAUAUGGUAGUUGUAAUUUUACAUGCAAAAGUAGCACAGAAAUCUUAUGGAAAUGAAAAACGUUUUUUUUGCCCGCCUCCAUGUAUAUACCUCUUUGGUGAUGGAUGGCGCCUCCGGCGAGAACGCAUGCUAAGAGAGGGAGAAACGGAACAGGCAGCUCAACUGUGUGCAUUCAUUGGGAUUGGUAAUUCAGACCAAGACAUGCAACAAUUGGAUCUCAACAAUGGUAAACAGUAUUGUGCUGCAAAAACCUUGUACAUAUCUGAUUCAGAUAAACGAAAACACUUUAUGCUAUCUGUAAAAAUGUUCUAUGGAAAUGGACAUGAUAUUGGUAUAUUCAACAGUAAAAGAAUUAAAGUAAUUUCAAAGCCUUCCAAAAAGAAGCAGUCAUUAAAAAAUGCUGACUUAUGUAUAGCUAGUGGAACAAAGGUAGCUCUAUUUAACAGACUAAGGUCACAGACAGUGUCAACCAGAUAUUUGCAUGUGGAAAAUGGUAAUUUUCAUGCAUCAUCUACCCAAUGGGGGGCAUUUACUAUUCAUCUACUGGAUGAUAAUGAGAGUGAGUCUGAAGAGUUUGCAGUGAGAGAUGGAUAUGUUCACUAUGGAUCUACAGUAAAACUAGUCUGUUCUGUGACUGGUAUGGCUUUACCAAGGCUUAUUAUUAGAAAGGUAGAUAAACAAAUGGCUUUACUAGAGGCUGAUGAUCCAGUAUCGCAGCUACACAAAUGUGCUUUUUAUAUGAAGGAUACGGAGAGAAUGUAUCUAUGCCUAUCCCAGGAACGAAUUAUACAGUUCCAGGCAACUCCAUGCCCUAAAGAACCCAAUAAGGAAAUGAUAAAUGAUGGAGCUUGCUGGACCAUAAUUUCGACUGAUAAGGCUGAAUACCAAUUUUAUGAAGGAAUGGGACCCGUUAGGUCACCAGUAACACCGGUACCCUUGGUGCACUCAUUAAAUCUCAACGGGGGUGGCGAUGUUGCCAUGUUAGAAUUGGCUGGAGAUAAUUUCACACCUUCCCUACAAGUGUGGUUUGGUGAUGUUGAAGCGGAAACAAUGUACAGAUGUGCUGAGUCCAUGCUGUGCGUAGUUCCAGAUAUAUCACAAUUCAGAGGGCAGUGGCUGUGGGUCCGGCAGCCUACGCAGGUUCCUGUAUCAUUAGUUCGCAACGACGGUAUAAUAUACGCAACGGGGUUGACGUUCACGUACACGCCGGAGCCGGCGCCGCGGCCGGUGUGCCCGCCGGUCGAUGACGUCAUGCGGCCGGACUCCGCCUGGCACGAUCACCGCCUGCCGGACAACACGCUGCAAUAGCACAACUCCUGCAGGCUGCUCCAGUCUGCAGUGAUACCCAAAGACUAUAGUCCGACUAGGUGAGUCAGAUCCUAGUACGCGUCAUCAGUGCCUCUUUUCUAUCGUACGAUCCAGUGUGCUUGGCGCGAGUUUUUUAACGUUCUCGAUAGCGUAAAAGUUAACUCAACUUAGUAUGCAGUUGUUACAGCACCUCUAGCGACAAACGUAGGCCCUACGUUCUAAUUCCAUACAAAUUUGACUUAACUUUUUCGCUAUCGAGAACGUUAAAAAACUCACAUUAAGCACACUGAGGUCUUCAUUGUUUUCGUACGAAUAUCAAAAAGAUUUUGGUUUGUGUGAUUAUAUGAAGUUUUUUUUUUUCUUUUCAUACUCUGUCACGCGGUUUCUAUAACUCGUCCAAAAUGUUCGUAAGAUACUAUAGUUUAAUGUAAUUAAGUGAUGUCUGGAAAAGUUAGACGGUCUUAGAGUUUGCAGUGAAACGUCGUAUUGAAUAUGAUUACGAAGAUCAUGUUACAAUCGAUAUAAUAGAUCAUGUUUAUAAAAUGUCAAUAAUGGUUGCCUGAGUCAAUUGCUUCAAUUAUGAAAGGACGUAUGUAAAAAAGUAUAUUUAAUUGUAAGUAAUAUUUUAAUAUACAGGAUGUAAGGGAAUCACCCUCGAAGCCGAAAAUCGUGAUUCUUUAACAGAUUCGCAAUAACAAAAUUUAAAUAAUAUAAUUUCAUAAUCUGACAUUCCACGAGCCGGCAGUGUAAAACGUACAACACUAAGGAGUCAGUAAAGCUCAAAAGUUAUUUAACUAAAACUCGAUUUUUCCUAAAUUUAGGUUAACUAAAAUAUUAUUUAAUAGGUAGCGAAUAGUCAGUCGCUGUUAGUUGAAUUAUGGACGAUCGAAUUUUGUACGCUUAAUAUUGCUCGAACGGCUCAGUUGACUAAAAAUACUAAUUCGUGACAUUAUAUCGUUUCCUAACUUAUGUUAGAAGAGAAAAGAGAGGGUAGAAUUUCAUUGAGGACGUUUUCUGGCGGUUUCAAUGUCGUUGUUUGGAACUUAGUUUAUCUUAGAUAUUGGAUAGUUGGACGCACAUAUUUUCCCGGAAUUUAAUUUAAUUCGACGAUAAUAACCACAUUUUAGACUGUAACAUUCCGAAUUCUAAUUGAUUCUAAUGUAUUAUAGAUGAAUGAAUUACACUAAGAAUGAAUGUAUCAAAUAAUGAAUCAAAUGAAAUCAAAUCAAAUAAUAAUGAAUGAUCGAUUAUAGGAAAAUUUCUUUAAGUAAUUAAUCUAGAAAUUAUGAAUAAGCAUCGAGAUAUCAAGACCCCUGAGAAAGAAACAAAAAAAAUUUUUUUUGUAAAGUUAUGUAGAUUUAGCAAAUAAAUUAUUUUUCGGUUUUAUCAAAGUAUUAUAGUAGCUAUAUAUUUUAUAACCAUUGUUUCGGCUUCAGAAGCGGCUCCCUUACAGCCUGCGUAGACGAGAUUAUAACACCAAAUUAUUAUUAAGAAGGACUAUCGUGGGAAAAGUUUUUAUAUGAAUAUUAAAAUUUUAUUCGAAGAUAUGACGCAAAUAGAAUAGAUAACGUUGUUGGGGAUACUCAAAGUCGUAUUUGUGUAUACGAUUAAAAUUUUACGAUAAAAACUAUUGAGCGAAGAAAAAAAAAAGCAUUUGGAAUAUUGUUGCUAGAGCACGUUGCUUUUUAGAUUAAUCUGUUUAAUUUGUUUUCACGCAAAUGAAACCGGAUACGGUAGAAUAUUCUUAAAAAUGUAUUCACGUAUUUGGAUUAAAGAAAAUGUGUUUGAUCACUGGAAUCUAUCGGCUUUAUUUGAACUUGUAACAUUAAAUAAAUAUAAUAAAGUUACAAACUUUAGUAUUUUAUGUGACAUAAUCGUCAUGGUUCCUACGUACGUACAUAAUUACGUAUUUUUAAAAUCAUUUAAAGUACACGAAAUCUAUAUUAUUUAUAUUAUUAAUCUGGUUUUAAUCUGUCUAAACAGUUCGAUCUCUUUAUAAUUUUGUUUCGUCGGGGCCAAAUAGUUUUAAAAAAUCCAUGACAAGUCAUUAUGUUUUCUUUACGUUAGUUUUGGUAAAGGAAUUUAGACUCACUACCGAGAUUGAUUUAGGAUGUAAUUUAAAAAUUAAGUCCUAGUUAAAUAUAGGCUAGUUUCAACUGCAAGGAAAAGCCAAAUAAGUAAUUUAUAUCUCGGAAAAAUCUUAUUUUAUUCAUAGUACUAUACGUUCUAUCUGUAACAUUAUUUCUUGUCUCUGUUUGUUACUAUGAAAGUAAAACAGAUACAGAUUUUUUUUUUUUUAUGUUUAUUUACACAUAGUGUUUUUCAUUUUAGGUAUUUGAUAUUUUUCGUCAUGCAUAAAUAAUUCAAUGAACAAUUUACUUUGAUGUAAAAUAGAUGUAAGUUUUUUAAAUAUCAAUUAAAAAAAAAAACUUUUAAUCGAAUUAUUUAUUUGACUCGAAUUUAAUCAAUUGAAAUAUAAUAAAAUUUGAAUUUGGUGUGAACUAUGAAUUAGUUAUGUGUGAUUAUUCUUACAUUCCAAACGGGAAAGAAAUUGUAAUUAGAAGUACAAAAGAUAAAACGAUAUUUUUUAGAUAGAAUCUUUGAAGUGAUGUAUAAAGUCUGCGGAUAUAAAACAAACAGUAUUACAAAGGAAUUAGCACUAAAGUAACAAGAGACUUGUCAAUUUGUGUGUACGAAAAUAACUGUUGUUUUUACAAUUCUGCUAGCGAGUCGCCCGAAUCGCUGUACUGAUGAUAAUUGAAAUCCUUCAAUUCUCAAUGAAUAUUUUUAAUAAAAUUCAAUUUGAACCGCA